AUGGCCCCCGCCGCGCUCCUCCCGCUCGCCCCUUUGCCGCAUCACCCGAGCCCACCACGGCGACCUCUGUGCCGCUGCGGGGCCUCCCGCCGCGGCUUCACCGUCCGCACCACCAUCGCUAUUGCCUCGGCCUCGGCCUCCGCCCCCACCGCGGGCGCGGAGGCGACGUCCCCAUCUCCUCCACCCUCGCCGCCAACGCAAACGCCGUCCUUUAAACCGGGAUCCCCGGUGCUGGGCGGCAUCGCGAACACGAGUCCUUCCGCGUCUCAGGACUACAACGCCGGGAUGACAUACUACGGCGACAAGGCCAAGCCCCGGGCGUACGCGGCCCGCUUCGCGUCUCCAGAUAGGUAG